AUGCAUGAGACCGUGUUAACCUCAGCAGAAUAUUAAAGAAGUCAACUUGUUAAAUAAUGUGGUACACGAAAAAGAACAAUAAAACAUACUAAUUUACAAGUUUUUGUUUUGAAAAUCUCCAAAAGAAUACGAUAAAUCUAGAGCACAGUAGCAACUACCAAACCGUGCUUUUUCAACUAGAAAAGUAGAAAGAAAGAAAGCAGCAAAAGAACUUAUCUGAAUAGCUCUCAACUUCUCCUCCAUCUGCUCCACUCUCUUCCUCCUUUUAAACAUAUUCCUAAGCCUCCCUCUCUCCAUAACCACUUCAUCUCCUUCUUUACCAGCUAAAAAGUUAGCAUUAUAAUCAUACAUUAAUGCUGAACUGAAUCAUUAAAGUAAGGAGAUUCCCAAUGGAAGAAUUUAAGAGCUGUCCUGCUUGGUCAGAUUGGUCUGCAGCAGAUGAACUUGUCAGGGAGCUUCUUGAUGAUGAAUCUCCUUUAUUCUUCGUACCAAGAAUGGGAAUGCAAUCCAACUCUAGCAACACUUCCAAUUAUUCAUCUACUUUAAACUGGGAUGUCUCUGCAUUUUGCUCAGCCCCAACUUCAGAAGAUACAGGAAAUGCUUUCUCCAUGACCAGAUAUAGAAACCAACCUGAUAAUAUUUCACAUUCCAGAAUUUCAUCAUCGGGGAGAGACUCGGGCAAGGGAAGUCACGAUGAUAACUAUAGGUAUACUCUAAGGAUAAAGAGUUGCGACAAUAAGGCAUUGUCUGAUGAUGGCUAUAAAUGGAGAAAAUAUGGCCAGAAAUCUAUCAAGAAUAGCCCAAACCCGAGGAGUUAUUACAGGUGUACAAACCCAAGGUGUGCUGCAAAAAAGCAGGUAGAACGGUGCAGUGAUGAUCCUGAUACCAUAAUCAUCACCUACGAGGGCCUUCACCUCCAUUUUGCUUACCCGUUUUUCCUACUAGAUGAACAACAACAGCACCCCAUGACUUCUUCACCCCUGAAAAAACAGAGGAAGUUAGCCCCUAGCACAAGUCCUAACUGGCAUGAGGACAAACCAGAAGCCAACAAGAAUAAUGUUAUUGUUGAGGAAGCAGAGGAAAGCACAGGGAACGUCACGAAUGGCACCGGCAUUCCUGUACUACCAACAGCUGCAGCCAUUGUUGGAGACUACGGGAAUGAAUUUGACGGCACAGAUGAGCACAACUUCAGUUCAAAAGGAGGCUUGCUUGAAGAUGUGGUGCCCUUCAUGAUUCGUAAUCCAUUGAAUACCGGGACUUGGUUCAAUUCCUCCUCCUCCUCUUCUUUUCAAUCUUCUCCAUCUUCACCACCUUCUAUUUCAUGGCCUCCCGACUCUGUACUUUAGGCUUUGAAGUUUACAAUGAAGAUAAAUACAUGAAAGUAUCUUUAGCUUAUCAUCACAUUAUACAUUUUCCUUCUGAAAAUACUAGAGCAAUUUAAUUUUAUUUGCUCAGGAAUUUACAAGUAUUACUUUUUUUUUCUUUUUCUUUUUGUUUUUUUUUUUUUUUUGAAGAAGAAGUAAUUUUGUUGAAGCUUUAGUGUAAUUUGAUGAUUACUGGCUAAUAUUGGCAGUCCCGACUAUAAUCAUAUCUGCCAAGUUAUGGCAUCAGUAAGGCAAUGAUACUAUGAUACUGUGCCUUGUAGGCUUGUACUUGCAUAGAUAUCUGCUGUAUAUGUCAAAGAUACACUUGUUUCCGCAACCACAGUCAGACGAAGAGAAAAUAACACGAAUUUGCUCCGGAAAAACUGUAGUGCAUAUUAUAGACAAUGGUAAAUAAUUAUGAUAUGAAUAUGAAAAGUCAGGGUAACAUGACAAAAUCCAGUUUUUUAAUUUGGAACUGAGCAAGGGGGAAUGGGUUGUGGCACUAUCAUGUUCCACUGUUCAAUUCCCAGUUGCAUGGCAAACUAUAUCGCCUUAUGCAACCCCUUUUCGAAGUUGAAAGUUGAUUAUACAGUACGGUAUAAAAUUCUGAAUAACAGUAUACUCAAAAGCAGAAGUGUAAAGAAAAACUAGAACAGAACUACUGAGAACAGAACUACUGAACUAAUGAAUCUUCUCCACUCACCACUCCUAUACAUUGGCCUUAACGGUUAACAACUUAACAUGGCUUUCUUCCCAAGUUGAAAAUACCCCUCACUUUGUCUACCCAACAUAACUAAUGAAUCUUCUCCACUCACCACUCCUAUAUAUUGGCCUUAACGAUUAACAACUUAACAUGGCUUUCUUCCCAAGUUGAAAAUACCCCUCACUUUGUCUACCGGAUCAAACUGCAAUCCUAAUUUUCAAUCCCAAAACAGGCAUCCUGGCAUUUGCAAUCCCAAAGCCAUCCUAUCCAAGUUACACACUAAAAUCAUCAAAUGUUUGAUAUCAACAAGAACAAUUUAGCCAAAGUCAAAACCAUUUUUCACCCCCAAUUCAUCAUCAACCAAUUCCAUAUAAAUGCAGAAGUUAACACAGGUUACAUAAGACGGCCAACAUAAUGAGCUCUAGGAUAUUUGUUCUUCAAUUGCGGCCAUUGCACAAACAACUGAUCAGCCAUACGCAGUUUGUAGAGAAGCAACGCACUCAAAGAAAGCCUCUUUACCCUGGCAAUGCUUUCAACAUAGAAAAUAUACGACCACCUAAUCCCAAAAACCUUAAAAAUAAAAGCGAUCACACAUAUAGGUAUACACGUUCCAGGUCCAUUGCACAGAAUCACUUGAGGCCUAAUCUUAAUCAUCAGCCACAAUGCAUGAGCUAUUGCAAGUAAAGUGGUACCAACAGAAGUUAGAUAAGAUUGACCCACCUCUCUGCUUCGAUAGAUCUGCAUAUAAUGAGCUGAUCCCACAACUUUUUCCCUUCCUCCCUGAUCAUCAAGCAAAGAGUUUUCCAGAACUUGGGCCUUCUGAAGACUCAUAUUGUCAGUAGCAGCGGCAAUAUAAUACCGUGGCUUAAAUCUCUCCUUCUGAAGAACAUUCAACAAAUUGAUCAUUUCUGCCGUAUGACCGCCGGAACCCAGAACGAUCAGGGUACUGAGAUGCUGCUGGCUUGAUGAAUUGGGAUGACGGGGCCGGGCACUCCGGUGUAGGACGUACAAAACCCGGAUCACAAAUACUGUGACGAUCCCAAUCACAAGAAGAGCGGUUAGGUUUGAAGCUGAGACGGAGAGACAAUUACUGAUACUAUUCUCCAUUUCUAACUGACUCUUUAUAGGACGAUUCCGGUACAAUUUGCCUCCCCAAUUUUCAGAUCGUUAUCAAGUCCGGCGAUUCGAACCAGUCGAAUUCGAUCUAACGGCGGCGGCCGGGAAGGGAGGCUGGGGCCUUGGGAAUUAUCUCUUUCCUCGAAUACUAAAAUGGUCCGAUCACAUCGCUCUGCUCAUGGGCCCUUUUACGUGUUCAUUGGACCAUCACUUAGAAGAAAUUUGGGUGGUAUCCAUAACUUUAAAGCCCAAUUAAGUUUGUGACUGCUAUAACCCAAUGUUCAAGUCGAUGAGUAAAAAGUUGU